UUUUUAUUUAUCAAAAUGUCUUAGUGUCUUUAUGCCUUAAAAUUUAAAUUGCCCAUUUUCGAAGCAUAUUCGAUUAGGUCAAAAGCAAUGGCGAUGGCGUCGGCAUCCUCCCUCCGCAUCCAGGUAGCCUCCCCAGUCCCUCCACAGCUCCAAUGGAACAGGCGCCGGCCACACAUAAUCCCAGCGGCACUCUCUCCAGCGGCAGCGGCAGCGGCAGCAUCAUCGCUCCUCCACACAGCUCCUCCACCGACACCGCUCGCAUUCUUGCCAGUGCUCCUCAAAUCCAUGGCUCACGCCACCAGCUCGGCUCUCCAAAGCCUCGCCGCCAGCAGCAGCAGCGCCAUUAGCAGCAGUAACGCGGCGGCGGUGCCAUUCUUUUUGGCGACCAAGGGCGGCCCUCUCUUCUUCGCGUCCAUGUCCACAGUCUCUACGCCACUCACAGUGGUGGCGUCGGGCAUGGCCAAGUGGCUGGAGCUCUACAGCGCGGUGAUGAUGAUCCGGGUGCUACUCAGCUGGUUUCCAAACAUCCCUUGGGAGAAGCAGCCCUUCAUGGCGAUCAGGGAUAUGUGUGAUCCAUACCUCAAUCUCUUCCGCAACAUCAUCCCGCCAGUGUUUAACGCGCUCGACUUGAGUCCCUUGCUGGCUUUCAUGGUUCUGGGAACCAUGUCCAGCAUCUUAAACUCCGCUGCUCAGACUUAGAGAGUCUCGAUCGAGGGGGGAGAGGGGAGUGAAAAAAAAGAGAGAGAGAGCGAGAGCUAGAGGAAGAGGAAGAAGAAGAGGAUUGGAGCUUCCAUAGCCAAGUUCUAUACUUUCUUCUUUGGUAUAGGGAGCUCGAAAGUUUUCCUUUCUACUAUUUUUUUUAUUUUGUAGCUUCGUACUAUACCUCGUUUUUUUUUUCUCUCGUUUUUUUCUUGGGUCUUUGCGGGAGAGCGUCGUUUUUCUUUCUUUACUUAUGGCUUGAUAGUGUUGACAGGAUGGUGUUAAGAGUUUCUCAUGGAGAAACUUCUCGCGAGCCUUUCUUUGAUAAGAAAGAAGUAAACUAUGUUUUGUCUA